UUUAGAUCAGCUCUGGGUUGCGACUGUCAUAUGAUGGUUUCUCCUGUGUUCGCGAUUCAUGGCUUUCUGCCAGCCUGAGUGAUCGCAUGGAAUGCACAUGGGGUUUUUUUUUCAUCGGGAAAAUAUUUGUGCAUUGGGCUGCUGCCUUUAACCCACACUGGAGCCUUUUACAGCUGAAGCCGGAGAUAUUCCCUUUUUUUUUUAACACAAAUGUACAUUAUGGGAUUUUGGAUUUGAGGCGAGGUGUCAUUGCAGGCUGGAUCAAUGCUGUGCUGAAGGAAAAUGCGGAUACAGUUAUUUUUUAUUUGGAUUCUGCACUUCAUGGAUCUUGCAAGAGGCGCAGACAACACAAAGAUUCUGCGAUACAGACGUAGCUCUUCAGUGGCCAGACUGUGUCCGGCAGGUUGUGCAUCGUGCUCGGCCCUGAAUGGCUGCCUGUCCUGUAAACCUCGCCUCUUCUUCCACCUGGAGCUGGACGGGAUGAAGCAGAGGGGCACCUGUCUGUCCUCCUGCCCCAGGGGUCACUACGACAAGCGCUCGCCACAAUUUAACACAUGCACCAGGUGCCGAGAGGACUGCGCUUUCUGUUUCAGUGAAACCUUCUGCACUCGCUGUCAUCCGGACCACUUCCUGUUCCGGGGAAAAUGUGGAAACAGCUGUCCGACUGGGCUGAUGGCAGACACAGCCCUGCGAGAGUGCACAGAGUGCCCUGCAGGCUGUGAGGUGUGUGUGAGGAGAAACGAGUGUGUGAGGUGUCAAGCUGAUUUAUACUUUCUCCACGGGCAGUGCCACCAUAACUGCCCCAGUGGAUCAGAGCCCGAUGUACAGCUCAUGCAGUGCACCCCUCAAGAUGAGAGCGGGGUCAUCCAUUUUCUAUCUCCUCCUUCCACUUAGUGUUGUAUUAAUCUUUGGUAUCUCCUCUAGUACAAUUUGGGGUUGGGGAAUGGACAAAGUGGGGUCCGUGUAUUCGGAAAAGGAGCCAUUGGGCCAAUAGGAGGGUAGAGAAGUUACGCACCCGACAUUGUCCUCGGUCUCUACGGUGAUUGCUGUCCCCAUGUGUCUCGGAUCAGGAAGUGUGUCAUCAAAAAGAGACCAAGUGGACUGCCAUGAGUGGAGGCAGAGAAUGUAUCAAUACUUUGUUAACAUUGCAUCCUUUAACAAAAGGAUGGAUGGAUUUGCUGAUGCUCCUGCCUUUGCAGUCAUGUGCUUGAGUGAUACCAGUGGUGGCCAGCUAUGCUCAACACUUCUUUGUUUUACAUACUGAUUGUCUGGUUUGACUUUGGCUCAGUUUAUAUAUUACUGAAUUUUUUGACUCAUGCUCACUGUUUUCUUGCCUGCAAU